UCUUACAGAAUUCAUAGUUUCCCCCCCGCCCCCAUUGUUUCUUUCAUCUUCCAAUACCCAGUUUCAUUUCUACAGUUUUCUACGUCAAUCAGUGCAAUCAAUCCCAUUGUUUCUUCUGUCUCUCAGUGCUAGCCUUAUCUACCAGCAGACCCACAGUUUGUUUUUAAAGACAAAUCCAGCGUUCCUCUCACAAGCAUUCAGCAUUAACUUCUGUCACCAUGUAAGCACUACGUAGUCUCCGAGCAUUGACUGUUUCCCCAAGAGAAAGAGAACUGUUUUCUGCUCCUAGCUGGUUUGUGGCUUCUUAUAUGUGUAUCCCACAUUAUCACUGUCCUUGAUUUUCACAGGGUAUAAUUGGCCAAGCCUGCCUGGUUGGGCCAGUAUUUCCAUUACAGAGCCAGAGAACAUUCCUGGCACAUUUCCUGGAGGUUUGUUGGUACUGGGAGACAGCACUUGGACAAAGCCAGGAUCUGUGGCAGGGUGUUUGCCUGCCCUUGCCUUGCUAGGCUGCAGCAAGCCCCUCCCAGCAUUACACUGUAGAGCUGCAGGAAGGGAAGCAUCCAACACAGCUUCCCUGUAGGAGAGGGGCAGUGCUGUGCUAGGACCCUGUUUGUUGGUAGGUGGGGUUGGUGCAAUGUUGAGCUUGCUGCUGCAGGGAGGGAUUUGGAGAGCCCAGCAGUCUGGCUGCCACCAGUCUGGCCUGGGAGCCUGGUUUGAACACCAUGGGAGCACCAGAUGGGCUAGGCCAAGCUGCAAAUGCCGCCUGCAGGGUUCAGGGUGCGAGGACAGUGCUGUCCCCAAGGCAGGCUUAGAUAGGGAGCACUGUCAUUGCUUGCUUACCUGUGUUUGUCACAAACACGGUGGGAAUUGGCAUAUCUGUCCUACAGCUCCUGCAGCUGGACCUGGGCAUGCAGGACUGUUCCAACUGCUCAAAGAAGCAAUGACCAGCAAGCAACAAUGCUGGCAGAAUGAGCCUAAAAGCUCUUAGGGCAGGUGAGAGAUCUGAUUGCCCGGGGGGCAGAUGACUUCAUUGGAGAAUUAACUUAAUCUUCUGAAGAGAGUGGAAGGGGAGGAAGCAAGGGAGGUUUCUACCACCUAUACUACGACUGGCAGUGCCUGCAACUCCACCACUCUACUUCUUUCUACCUCUGGAGAAGCCUCGGUGAUUUCUGGAAACUCAUGGCUUUCGCAGCACCACAGGUUCCUGCAGAGCCGUCCUACCAGGUAUGAGGUGACUAUUCAGAUGCCAUGACUAGCACACAAGUACUGAAACACAGCAUGCAGUACACAAGCAAAAUGUCCAUCCAAGCAAAACACAAAUCAAAAACUACACACACCUGGCAAAUGUUGGCCAUCUACAUGGUCUUAGCUGCAAGCCUCUCCGAACAGCAAGCACUGAAGCAGGCUUGUGCUUCAUGCUAUGCCAGUCAGCAUUGCAACUGCUCCUCCAUGGGCUUGGACUUCAUUCCCCCUGGGCUCACAGCCAAAAUCACAGUGUUAAACCUGGCCCACAACAGGAUAAAGCACAUCCAAUCCCAGGACCUGCAGCAGGCUGUGAACCUGAGAGCCCUGCUGCUGCAGUCCAACAAAAUCAGCUCCAUAGAUGAGGACUCAUUUCAGUCCCUGGCAAAACUGGAGCUCUUGGACUUAUCAAAUAACAGCUUGGCUCACUUGUCCCCUCUGUGGUUUGGGCACCUUUUUUCACUCCAGCACCUUCAUCUUCAAGGCAAUUCCUACAGAGACCUGGGGCAGAGCUCCCCCUUUUCUGGCCUGAGGAACCUGAGCUCUCUCCACCUGGGUAACCCGUGGUUCUCUGUGAUAAGGCAAGGGAAUUUUGAAGGCAUUGAGCUUCUGCACAAGUUGUGGAUUGAUGGUAGCAAUCUCAAUCAGUACGAGCAGGGAAGUUUGAAAUCAAUUAAGGAGAUAAAUCACAUGAUCAUAAACAUAAGAGAUAGUAAUAUAUUCUCAGAAAUUGUUAGGGACCUUCUGCACUCUGUCUCUUGGCUGGAAAUUACAGAAAUCAAAUUACCAGUUGAAAAAAAAAGCCUGGUGCAAAAUUCUACACGUCCUUUUAGGAUACAAAAACUUACGUUUAAGGAAGCCUUCUUCACAGAUGAAACUAUUAGCCAAGCAAUAGUGUUACUGAAGGAAAUCACAUCUUUAAAAGAGUUAGAGGCAAUCAAUUGUGUGCUUGAGGGGAAGGGAAUAUGGAACACUGAAGAAAUUUCAAGGAGUGGGCAAAGUUUUGUUGAAACAGUAACAAUAAUAAAGAUAAUUAUUCAGAAUUUUCAUUUAUUUUUUGAUCUGGAAGGUAUGGAAUCACAAAUAAACAAACUAAAAAGACUCACUAUUGCAAGCUCUAAUGUUUUCAUGGUACCAUGCAACCUUGCAAGACAUUUUUCAUCACUUCUGUAUCUGGACUUUCAUGAUAAUUUGCUUGUAAAUAAGCGUUUAGAUGAGACAAUCUGUAAAGGUUCCUGGCCUUCAUUGCAAACAUUAAAUCUAAGUCAGAACUCUCUAAAAUCUCUGGAACAGACUGCAAAGUAUACAUCUCGUCUACCCAAACUGAAUAAUCUUGACAUUAGCCAGAAUAAUUUUGGUGAGAUUCCUGAUGUGUGUGAAUGGCCAGAAAAUCUGAAAUAUUUAAACCUAUCCAGCACUCAAAUUCCUAAAGUAACCACCUGCAUUCCUCCAAUGCUGGAAGUUUUGGAUGUUAGUGCAAACAACCUGAAGGAGUUUGGACUGCAGCUCCCAUUUCUGAAAGAGCUGUACCUCACAAGAAACCAGCUGAAGACCCUGCCGGGUGCCGCACCCAUUCCAAACUUAGUGGUCUUGUCUGUCCGAAGAAACAAGCUGAACAGUUUCUCCAAGGAGGCAUUUGAGUCCUUCAGAAGAAUGGAGCUUCUGGAUGCCAGUGACAACAACUUCAUCUGCUCCUGUGAGUUCCUCUCCUUCAUCCAUCAUGAGGCCAGGAUAGCCCAGGUGCUGAUGGGGUGGCCGGACAAGUACGUGUGUGACUCUCCACUGGCGGUGAGAGGGGCGCUGGUUGACACUGUGCACCUCUCCAUGGUGGAGUGCCACAGGUCCCUGGUGGUGUCAUUGAUCUGUGUCCUGGUGUUCCUGGUCAUCCUGCUGCUGGUCGCCGUCGGCUACAAGUGCCACAUAGUCUGGUACUUGCGGAUGACGUGGGCAUGGCUGCAAGCCAAGCGGAAGCCCAAGCGAGCCCCGCCAAAGGAUGUCUGCUAUGAUGCUUUUGUCUCCUACAGCGAGAAUGACUCUGACUGGGUGGAGAACACUAUGGUGCGGGAGCUGGAGCAGGCCUGCCCUCCCUUCCGGCUCUGCCUGCAUAAGCGGGACUUUGUGCCUGGGAAGUGGAUUGUGGACAACAUCAUUGAUUCAAUUGAGAAGAGCCACAAAACGCUCUUUGUGCUGUCCAAGCACUUUGUGCAGAGUGAGUGGUGCAAAUACGAGCUAGAUUUCUCACAUUUCCGCCUCUUUGAUGAGAACAACGAUGCAGCAAUUCUCAUCCUCCUGGAGCCCAUCCAGAGCAAUGUGAUUCCCAAGAGGUUCUGCAAGCUGCGGAAGAUCAUGAACACAAAGACCUACCUGGAGUGGCCUGCUGCUGAAGAGCAGCAGGAGAUGUUUUGGGAAAACUUGAAAGGAGCCUUGAAGUCAUAGAAGUCAGAAGCCCCCAUUUCAACAUAUCUUCACAAAGGCUGUUUAUCACUGUUUCUUACUGCUAAGUAUAUUUUCUUACUUUCCUUUGUAACUGCAACUGGCUUUGUUGUGUAUAGAGACAACUGUCAUUUUACCAACUGGAAUAUACCUGUUUUAUACUUUCCAGCGAUUUGAUAUUCUGGUCUUUGGAAGUCCCUCCCAAUAACAAUGAUAUUUGGAAACUAUGUUGGACUUGAUAUAAUUUUCUAAAUACAUUUUGCUGGUAUGCAGUAUUUCUGUACUUUUUACUCUUGUUACCACUUUCCCGAAUUAGUUUCUAACAAUGCAAUUGUAAUUUGCAAAUGAAAUUAAAAGCCAUGGGCUUUAAUCAGUAUUCC